AGGAGUUUUAUAUAAAAGCCGUCUGUUUACGAUCCAUGGCACACACAGUUGAAGCUUCGGAGAAUCAGGAGUCCAAAGUUGAUUAGUCCAUUAUGUCCAAGUUCACAUGUUUGGUUUUGUGCGUUGUGGCUGCUAGCCUGAGUGGGGUUCAUGCAACUGCAGAAGAAAAAGCAGCUUUCAUAGAAGCUGUGAAGCCAUAUAUACAGGAGUGCUCAAAGGAGCAUGGAGUUACUCCUGAAGAUAUAAAGUCUGCCAAAGAGGCAGGCAAUGCUGAUGGCAUCAACGCUUGCUUCCUACGCUGCGUUUAUAACAAAGCUGGAGUUAUCAACGACAAAGGAGAAUACGAUGCCGAUAAAGCCUUGGAGAAACUCAAGAAGUUCGUGAGCAAUGAAGAUGAUUAUGCUAAAUUCGCAGAAAUCGGAAAGAAAUGCGCGUCGGUUACCGAAACGUCCGUAAGCGAUGGAGAAGCUGGUUGUGAGAGAGCCGCGCUGUUGACUUCAUGUUUCUUGGAACACAAGAGCGAGGUCCACGCUUAAAUUUCUGAAGUGGCGAUGCUGUUCAGCAAGAUAAUAAAUACCUUGUUGAUUUCCUUUAAUACUUAUAAAUAAAGCAG